AUGCUCGCUCCCCUCCAAACUUCCCGGCCGUCUGCGGCUCCUCCUGCUGUUCCCAGUUCUGCAGCCUCCCGUAGCGCCUCGUCCCCUGCCACCUCUUUCCCUCCUGAUGUUUCCUCUGUGCAAGUCAAUGUUCAAACUCAAAAGAGGGUGAGAGGCAGGCCAACGGCCAUGGGUGACAUGGUGGCGCUGCUGCAGCAGCAGUGGACGAACCAGCAAGAAGGCCACAGCAUCAACGCCGACAGCAUGAAGAGCAUGAGAAGAGUCCAAGCAACAGGUUCGGUGAGCAGGAACGGGGAAGAGGAGUUGAGACGCAACUGUUCCAACAACAGCCCACAUAGUGCAACCUUAAUGCCGGGCCACAGCUCACUGGGUCAGGUGACGGCCUACCACGUGACGGAGGUGCUUCGAACGCUUUGGGACGCUGACGCCGGUCUGGCGUUGUUCCGGUGGGCCAAAGACGUGCAGGGGAUGAAGCCGGACACGUAUGUGUACUCGAGCCUCUUUGGCCUGUUGGGUCGGGCGAGGGACGCGGCGAGUCUGAAGGGGGUUUUAGAGGAGAUGGAGGAGGAUGGGUGCGAGCACAACGCCUUUACUUUGCAGGCGCUCGCUUCUGCUUAUGCCCGUGCUGGGAGGGCUCGAGUUAACGUGCUUUAUAAAAUGGGUCGGUACCGUGACGUGAUCAGGGCGUUCAGAGAGAUGCGGGAUGCAGGCCACACACUGGACAGUGUCAUCUACAACACCGCAAUCACAUGUUAUGGCCGCCUUAACAACACUCUAGGGGCUGAGAUGGUGUUCAAGGAGAUGAUUAAGCGCAAGAUGCAGCCUGAUGUGCGCUGUGUCAACAGCCUCAUGGAUGUGUAUGGUUCGGCUGGCAGGAUUGAUGAUGCCAUGGCAGUUUUUGACCGCAUGUGCCUGGCUGCUGUUACUAUUGGGGCAGGACAAGGGAGAGACGGAGGAGGAGGAGAAAGAGAACAAAAUGCACAGAUGACCCGUCUCAAGCCCCAAAUCGCCUCAGGAGCACCAGCAACAGCUGCAAGAGGUGCACACACCAAAGCUGCUGCUUUUGCAGCAACCCCUGCACCAUCAGUACUGCCAGCAUCUCCAGCCUCCACCACUACCACUACCCCGAGUCCCCCUCUCUCCAUCUGGCCGGCUCCCAGCCUGGUGUCCUACACUCUGGCAGUGAGCCUUCUCAGUGAGGCGGGUCGAAUCUCCGAGGCAGAGGCGACGUUUGAGGCGAUGCUGGUGGCGGGGAUGCAGCCGGACGCCGUGGCGUGGGCCACCAUGGUGCUCAUGUGGGCCCAGGAGAGCAACCCCGAGCGCGCCGCCAUGUGGUUCAAACGCAUGGUGGCCGCGGGAUGCCGGCCCAACGCGUCAGCUUACAAUGCUCUCCUAGUCGCGCUUGUCAGCGGGGAGAUGUUUGACGAAGCAGAGGAGGUGCUUUCUGCGUUUAAAAAUGGGCGGGACUUGGUGGGGCAGGUGGGGUUGGUAAGAAAGGACCACUCUGGUUCAGACAAACGCAUGCUCGCCCAAGCCGCAGUUCCAACAUUACCCUGGGUCCGUGGUGACAGUAGCAGCCUCUGGUCAGGUCAAACACUAAACCAGACAGGAGGCAAGGCGCCCAAUUGGCUUCCUAGUGAACCUCCCAACCUUAUGACAUACGUGAUGCUGCUCAAUGUGUGCAUGGUCUCUACAGCUGGAAACACUGUGAGUCGGCUGAUGCGGCUGUUGGAAGCAACAGAGCAUCCGGCUCACGCCGUGCUCCAGCUGCUCUUAAAGAGCCUUGAGCCACCUCGCGCAUUGUCCCACCUGUUUGUGGACGAGGGCGGGAGUGAGGGAGGGAGUGAGGGUGUAUAUGAGGGAGGGAGUGCGGAGAGUAGCUGUGGAAAGGCCAGGAGGGAUGGUGUUGCGAGGGUGAUAGCGGCAGGUUUAUUGGAGAUGGAGGUGAGGGAAGUGCACAGCCGUGAACCGCCUCGUGCAUUGUCCAACCUAUUUGUGGAGAAUGGGAGUGAGGGAGGAAUUGAGGAAAUUGAUUGCGGAAAUGACAGGAGGGAUGUUGUUGCAAGGGUGAUAGCGGCUUGUUUAGUGGAAAUGGAGGUGAGGGAAGUGGUGAGGGAAUGGGAGGAGGAGCGGUGGCAGGAGGUGGAGAGUAGGCUGAGAGGGGAUGAUAUCGCCAAGACUGAAGCCAGUUGCCAGCGGGCGUUUGCACAGGCAUGCAUUGCUUUCUUACAUAAAUUUGGGCGGCAUGAGCAGGCAGCUCGCUUGUGGGACCUUUGCUGCACGCAACUACAGCUGUUCCCAAACAUUGUUCGGCUACCCGCGAUUUACGGGCGGGAGGGGAAAUGUGUCUUGGACCUACAUGGUGUGUCAGCAGGUACAGCAGUGACAGUGACCCGGUGGGCGUUGGAGAAGAUGCGGCAGGCUGUGGUGGCCUCUGCUGCUUCAUCAGGUGCUUUUGAUUCAUCGUUGGAAGUAUCAGGAGGAACUGAUGUCACAGUUAAAGAAGCGGAUUUAGCAGAGAAUAUCGAGGAUGCUGAAGAGGAAGCUCCAAUUUCGAAUGUGGAGCCAGCAGAUGCAUCCCCGGGCAAAAUACAGCUGCAGUGGCGGCGGCCGGGGAAGGUGGAGGUGGUGACGGGGUGGGGCAAGCGCAGCCGGGUGCAGGGGGCGUCGCUGGUGAAGGCAGCGGUGGAGGCGCUGCUGCUGAGGGACCUCACAGCGCCCUUCUCCCUCCACCGCUUCCACCCCGGCUCCUAUGAGGCCUCUGGUGCUGACCUUGAGCAAUGGCUGCUUUCGCCAGGUGUUGAUAAUUUAUUGGCUCCAAAAAACGAGGAUUGA